GAGAGUGGGAGUGUGUGUUGUCUUUUCGCCCUUUACCCCAGCUUAAAGCCACUCUCCUCAGUGUCCACUUGGAUCACAUCGGGACUACAACCUGACUAGAAGAUGUCUCGGGCUGCGGAAAGACUCAAACUGCUGAUCAAUCAUCUUGAUCGAUCACCCGCUGCGAUCAGAGCUGCACCGACCUCUGCACAAACCUUCACCUACAGCAGUCAGCCACAGAGACUGAGAUACACUCUUGAUACUGACCUGCUGACCCCAGAACAGCGACUCUUUUAUGAGGAAAAUGGCUUCAUUCUCAUCAAGAAUUUGGUGUCUGAGGAGGACAUCGACAGGUUCAGGAAGGAGUUUGAAAGGAUCUGUCGACGGGAAGUGAAAGUUCCCGGUCUGGUGGUGAUGAGAGAUGUGGCGAUAGCUAGGUCAGAGUUUGUUUCUGAUCAGAAAGCUGUCUCCAAACUCCAGGACUUCCAGGAGGAUCCAGAACUGUUCCGGUACUGCACUUUACCACAGAUCCUUAAAUAUGUGGAGUGUUUCACCGGACCAAACAUCAUGGCCAUGCAUACCAUGCUGAUCAACAAACCUCCUGAUGCAGGUAAGAAGACGUCUCGUCACCCGAUGCAUCAGGAUCUGCAUUACUUCCCGUUCCGACCGGCCGACCGGAUCGUCUGCUCCUGGACAGCAAUGGAGAAAGUGAACAGACAGAAUGGCUGCCUGGUCGUUCUGCCAGGAACACACACCGGCACGCUGCAGGAGCACGACUACCCCGAGUGGGAGGGUGGGGUGAAUAAGAUGUACCAUGGAGUGCGAGGCUAUGACCCGCAGCACCUUAGGGUGCAUCUGGAGAUGGAGAAGGGUGACACUGUCUUCUUCCACCCACUGCUCAUCCACGGCUCUGGCAUGAAUCAGACACAGGGCUUCCGCAAGGCCAUCUCCUGCCACUACGCCAGUGCUGACUGUUAUUACAUCGAUGUGAAGGGAACCACACAGGAAAACAUAGAAAAAGAGGUGAAGGAGAUCGCAGCGAGAAAGUAUGCUCUGAACGAAGAAAUUUCAUUCAAGGAUACUUGGGCUUUCCGUGGGCGUCUGGUGCAGGGAGAGAGGGUCUCACUGUGAGGACACCACAGACGUGCUUCCAGAGGCCACUACAUGACCGCAGGGUGACCAAUCACUGAGCUGAAAUGAGAAGAGAUGAAUAUAGUGCCUGAAUAAGAAGCAACAGGACAUGUCCACACUGACACAGAGAGGCCUCCCUUUAGCUAAAGAAGAGCAAUUUGUUUUAUGGUACAAUCCCUAAUUUCCUUUAGCAGAGGAAGAAUGUGAUUUUUAAAUUACUUUUUUUGUUACUGUAUGCUCUUAACAGUUCAUUUGUUUUGGAAAUGUGAUUUACAGCACGUUGUCCUAGCAGAGUACAUGAAGACAGGGAAUAAUAUUUAAACAAAAAUGUCAGCUACCUUACACACAAAUUGCUAGGCAGUGCUUCAGGAAAUAAAACUCAUUUUACAGCACAAAACAAAGCUGAAAUAGCAACAGAACAGUGUGAAUACAUCCUGAAAUGUCCAUGAAGCUGUUUAAUUAAACAAAACCUUAAUGGAAAAGGGGGAAGGGAUGCACAGAUGAACUUGAGAAAUACAUGUGGCAUGUUGAUUACAAAAAAUGUGAAUUAUUAUACAGUGAGAGAGAAAGAGAGGUAGAGUGAAAGAUAAAGGAGCGAGAGACGUUAAUAAAAGCUGUAUUGAGGCAGAAAUGUGGAGAUAAUCUAGGCUGACUGAAGCACUUAACACUAACAGAGGCCUUGACCUUACACUGCCUUAUAACUGUAUCACUGUCUGUUGAUUGUUAAUGAGUGAAUGGAUUUUGUUCAUGUUUUUAGGAUCUUGCUAUGAUAAAUGUAACCUUUUAAUAACAUUAAUAAUAAAAUGACUGCUCUAAUUA